AUGGGUGGCGGCGGCAAAGUACCAUAUCCGAAGCACGUCUGGUCACCCGCUGGUGGUUGGUACGCGCAACCUCACAACUGGAAGUCGAACACUGUAAUCUUCGGCGCCGCCAUUGCAGCGGUUGUAUUUGUUGCCUUUAGUGCAUCAGCAAACAGGGAACACAGGAAUAAGAUGCCAGAGAAGACCGGCUUCUUUCCCAGCAGAAAGUAUGUGCAUGUGUCAUUCCAGACGAUAGCUUGGAUCAGGCGGAUGAAAUACCAGUUCUUCGAUCAGCCUGGCCAUGUUUUGAACCGAGACUGA